AUGGCAAGCCUCUCAGGAAGGAAAAUCUCGUCGCCGCGGGAGCCGGCUGCUCACCCAGCUUGCGAGAUUUGCAGACAACGCAAAGUCCGCUGCGACCGUGCGGUACCGAAGUGCGGGCGCUGUGUUCGCCUAUCCGAACCAUGCGGUUACGGACGGCCACGUCGGUCGCAAGACAACUUGCCGCGACAACUGGAACACCUCGAAGAUCGGCUUGCAAAAGCAGAAGCAAUCCUAGCCACAUCUAACAACCAUGCCAUGCUACAAGAAGGAGUCUUGUCCUCCCCAAUGGCGACGUCCCUAAUACAUACGGCAAAUCCUUCUCGGGAGCAGCCUAUCAUGUCCUCCGCUGAUAUGGACCUGUCGAUGGAUAUUGAAUCUCUGUUUGCCAACUUCACCGAUAGUGGCGAUUCACUAUCAGGGGCGACCUUCGAUUGGACGACCUCGCAAGUAUCAGCCGCUGACUGGUCCAAUCCACAGCUGCCAGAGUCCAGAGACAUCUGGACCCGCACCAGUCAGGCACCGUCUAGGUCUACCUUACCGCAGACUUUAUCCUCCAUGUGGCAAGAUGAGGACAUCUCAGCGGCCGACCUGGACAUGCUACAUCGAAACUAUUUCAACGUGAUAUACCAUUCCUUUCCGUUUCUGAACAAGGCGAGAUUCGAGGCGCAGCUUGCUGGUGAGCAAGUCUCUCAUGCCGCUCUAUCACUGAAAAACAAUCUCGAAUGGUGUGAAAGACACCCGGAGAAUGGAUCGCUUGCCAACUUGGAUGCAUUCCAGGCCUUGCUAUGUAUUCUUAGAUACGAGGCUACCGACCUCAAACUUGACCGAGCUUGGAUCACAUUAGGACGUGCGGUCCAACUGUCUAAGAUGCUUAGGCUUCACCAGAUGGAUCGAGGGGUAUUGCGAGAUGUUCUAGGCCAGAAUCUAGAGAGUGAUUUGCCGCCAACCGAAGAUCCUGUGUUACUGGAAGAACGCAGACGCUCAUUCUGGGCUCUUUAUAUUCUCGAGUCCUACGUCCGUACUAGAACUGGGAUGAAGUGUGAGCUUGCCGACUCCAACGCAUUCGAAGUCUGCCUGCCUUCACCAGGAAUCUUGUCAAAUGGCAUAGACGGUUUCCAAGCUGCUCCAAUGCCGUUAUUGCGUGAUAUCACCAUUGACAAAUGCCCAAAGGCCUCAUCAUACGCCGGCUGUGUUCUCAUGGUACAGCUUGCACUACGAUGCUUCGACCAUGGUAGGCAGAUCGAGAACAAAACAGAAAACCGACACUUUUGGGAUAAUCAUUACUCCCUACUCAAGGACUUGGACGAGCGCUUCGCUAUGCUCAAACUUCAUCUCAGUGCCAAGUCUAUACAGAACGACCCAGUGUCAUUUAGUCUCUACAUGAACCUACGCGCAACCGAGAUCUUCUUUCACCAGGCCGCCAUUGUCCGGGUUGAGCAGCAAGGAUUGCCUAUACUGACAGCUGCCGAGAGCCAGAAGCGCUCGCAGGCGGCAGCUCACAAAAUCGCCAGCGCUGUGCGUCUCAACUGGCCCGGGCAGCAGGCGGAGCGUGGCACCUUUACGCUUCAGGCAGCGUUCAUCGCUUGGCCGCUCGUUAUGGCUAUGAAAGCACUCGCGCACAGUCUUGGGGGUUCUUCCAAGGGGAACAGCGACCAGCUGAGUAACUCAAUAAGCUCACUACGGCUACUUCUCGCGGCAUUAGAUCUUAUAGAGGAUCGCGAUGGGUAUUGGCAUGGGUGCAUUCCUUCUGUAGUUAUCGGGUUGGCCCAAUGGGAAGAAAGCAACGGACUUCAUUCCUUAGAAUUGUGA